AUGCUUCUCCAAGGACAAGGUGUGUGCGACGAGGCGUGCGACAAUGUUUGCGACGAGGCGUGCGACAAUGCUUGCGACGAGAGACGACAGAUCGACUCACCCACAUGCGUCGAAGCGUUUGCAGGAGGGCCUUGUGUGGUCACAGCGUUUGGGCCACG